CAUUUUCUCCAGAAUUAAAAAUGAUGAAAUACUCGUCUUGAGUUAUCAGUUGUUUUUUAUCAUAGUUAAUUAGAAUUGCAGAUAAGAUGGUUUUGGUUUGUUUAAUACAUUCAACAAACGAGUCUCACACAUCACGGUCGCUGAUUAAGGCUAACGAAAAUGACUAGUUUAUUGACGCAGAAAAGUUUAGUUAUUGGAAAGUUAACAAAAUAUGUUAACGAUUGUGCAAAAAGGCUUUCCUCGCAUUUUAUUUACUAUCCCGAUAAUGAAAAACCAAUUUCAGGUGAAACAACCAAAAUGAAUAUGAUGCAAGCAAUAAACAAUGCAAUGGACAUCACAUUACGGGAUGAUCCAACUGCAGUACUGUUUGGUGAAGAUGUUGGCUUCGGAGGAGUGUUUAGAUGUGCUCUUGGCUUGCAGGACAAGUAUGGUAAAGACCGUGUGUUCAACACUCCGCUGUGCGAGCAGGGUAUUGCUGGGUUCGGCAUCGGCCUGGCUACUGCAGGAGCCACGGCUAUAGCUGAGAUACAGUUUGCUGAUUACAUAUUCCCUGCGUUUGAUCAGUUGGUGAACGAGGCUGCGAAGGCGCGGUACCGUUCAGGCGGACAGUUCGAUUGCGGUGCGCUGACAGUGCGCGCUCCGUGCGGGGCUGUGGGACAUGGCGGACUUUACCACUCUCAGAGUCCCGAGGCUUACUUCGCCCACACGCCCGGACUGAGGGUGGUGGUGCCGCGCGGGCCUAUCGCAGCCAAGGGUCUACUCCUGGCCUGCAUCAGGGAGCGGGACCCCUGCAUCUUCCUGGAGCCCAAGAUCCUGUACCGCUCCGCCACGGAGGAGGUGCCAGUAGACGACUACACGCUGCCGCUCGGCAAAGCACAAGUACUUAGAGAGGGUACAUCAGCGACGCUGCUGUGUUGGGGUACGCAGGUACACGUGCUGCUGGAGGUUGCGCAGAUGGCGGAGGACCAGCUCGGGGUCACUGUGGACCUCAUAGACCUGCAGUCCAUCCUGCCCUGGGACGAGGAGACAGUCUGCAAUUCUGUGAAGAAGACAGGACGUUGUCUGAUAUCUCACGAGGCGCCGCUCACUUGCGGCUUUGGAGCAGAAGUCGCAGCCACUGUACAGGAGGAAUGUUUCCUGCACCUGGAGGCGCCAGUGUGCCGCGUGUCAGGCUGGGACACUCCAUUCCCUCAUGUCUUCGAGCCUUUCUACCUCCCCGACAGGUGGCGCUGCUACGAACAACUUGUCAAACUACUAAACUACUGACACACUAUUUAACUACCCAACUCUUACCCGUUUUCUAUCUUUUAUAUUGUACGAGGUGAUGUUAAUAAAGUUAUAGAAAUA